GGUAGCGAUGUGAGGCGGACGUAAGCUUGUACUUUGUUCAAUCUUUCCCGCUAACCGCGGAUUCGGUUUUCCUUACCCUUUCCCGCGUGUUUAUAGUCGUAUCUUCCAUCUCUUUCCGUCUCGUGUUCUCUGAUGUAAUCAGUUCAGUGUUUACAUUGUGUGAGCGAUUAUACAUUGGGUCACUGUGAUUGUGACAGGCGGCGUUCAAAGUCUUAUCCCCAGGUUAAGUGAUGCCAGUUCUCCGUAACGCGGAUCACCCCGCCGCUAGAGCGACCGACUCGGUCCUCGCGCGGUACAGUGUCGCUGUACUCGGCGCCUGGGCGGCUGAGACAGCCACUUAUCCAUUCGAUCUGACCAAAACGAGACUUCAGAUCCAAUCCGAGGUGGCGGCCACUAAACACGGAUAUAAGCUUGAAAACCAUGGCAUGGUGAAAACAGCUAUAGGGAUCGCCAAACAGGAGGGCGUUCUCAAAUUAUGGAGCGGGUUGGUGCCGAUGUUCCAAAGACAUGCGAUCUACUCCGGCUGUAGACUCGUGUUUUACGAACAUUUUAGAAACGCAUUCAAAGACGACACCGGAAAGGUCUCGUUGGGCGUCGCGUCUGUUGGCGGCCUGGCCGCCGGGUCGCUGGCGCAGCUGAUCGCUUCCCCCACUGACCUGGUGAAGGUUCAGAUGCAAGCUGAGGGGCGGCGAGUUCUGCAGGGCCGGCCGCAGAGAUUCAAAAACUGCCGUCAGGUGUAUAGCCUGCUAUAUACACAGUCUGGAAUAUUAGGAUUUUGGAGAGGUGCGGUACCGAACGUGCAGCGCGCGGCGCUCGUCAACAUGGGUGAUCUGGCGGCUUAUGACUGUUGUAAGCAGUUCCUGCUGAGAGAGGUCGGUAUGGAGGACACGGCGCUCGUCCACGCCGCCGCGGCGUUCGCUGCGGGCUUUGUGGCAGCUGUCAUGGGAACGCCCGCGGAUGUCAUCAAGACGAGGCUCAUGAACCAACCAGUGGGAGCUGAUGGAAGAGGCACUUUGUACCGCGGGAUGAUCGAUUGUUUACAACAAUCUGUCAAAAACGAGGGAGUAUUAUCAUUGUACAAAGGCUUUCUACCUCUUUGGAUGCGUCUCGGACCCUGGGCUCUUAUAAAUUGGGUGGCAUUUGAAAACAUAAUGCUAGCUAUUGGAGGGAAAACCUUUUAAACGUAUUAAUUAUCAGUUAAAGGCAGCUUUAGACGUAGCUUUGUUUGAUUUAAUAAUCUCGAUCAAGUCGUAAGAAUGCUAUUAAACUUUAAAAAAUAUAUAUAAUAUAAUUCCCUUUAUAAAAUAAUAGUAAUGAAAGCACAAAGUAUUUACAAUAUUAAGACCAAUAUACAUAUUAACAAUAAAAUAGAUUAAAUACAAUGGUAUUUUACAAACAAUGGCUUUAUAAAUAUUUGUUUUUUUUUUUUUUAUUGUACAUUGUUUAUACGUUAUAAAUGUUCAGAUGAUAAAUAAAAUAAGGGCUGUGCAAUAUAAAAUAUAAUUUUGAUAUUAAUCAUUUUGUUUGUAUACAUUAUUGUCAACUGGCAACAUUUACAACUGUUUUUAAGAGUUAAAUGGAAAUGCUUUAUAAAGUAUAUUUUUUAAAUUUUUUUUUGUGAAAUUCUAAUAAAUAACUGUCUAGUGCUUGGAAAAUUAAAAAAAAAAGUUUAAUCUCUUUAUUCAUUACUAUAAAUAUAUGUGAGAUAGAAUUUAACUUUUCACAUUAUGUUAAAAUAUUGUAUGUUACUUAUUGUUUAUCAUAUUAUGGCCGUAGUUUAGGGGAAACUGUGAUGUUAUUAGUACUUUUUAGAUGCAUUAAACUAUUUAUUGUUGCA